AUGUCGCCCGCUCGGUUUCUUGUCUCCCUUAUCAUCUUCAUCUCUAUCUUCAUCCUUACCGUCUCCGCCAAAGGCCACCACCGACAUGCCCCAUCGUCCACCACCGGACAACCUCCAAACCGUGGAACAAAUGUCGGUGGCUCCACCGCCGCAGCCCCGCGCGCUACUCAUACACCUCCCACCACCACUCUUCCUCCACCAAGCCCCCAAACCGUAAAUGCACCCCCGACACCGGCAUCUCCGACACCACCGAGAAGAGGCGCCGUGGCCCGCGAGUUCUUGAAAGCUCAUAACUUGGUGAGGAUGAAACACAACCAGACUCUCUACAAAUGGGACAAGACCGUGGCGAGAUUCGCCCGCCGCUGGGCGUUGACACGCGCGGUGGACUGCAGGAUGAUCCACUCGAUGGGACCUUACGGCGAGAACAUGUUCUGGGGGAAAUACGACCACUGGACGGCCACCGACGCCGUCCAGUCGUGGGCGAUGGAGGACAAAAAUUACAACGCCGACACCAACCAGUGCACGCCGAACAAGAUGUGUGGCCACUACACGCAGAUCGUUUGGCAUGAAAGCCUCCUAUUGGGCUGCAGCCGAAUGAGGUGUUACAAUGGGAGUGUGGUGGUUAUCUGCGAGUAUGAUCCCCCGGGAAAUUAUUUGGGCGAGAGUCCGUUUGGAAAAAUCUUCGACAAUCAACCAAUUCCUCGAUCUGAAGGUCCUCAAACACUUCCUCCACCUACGGCUACGCCGACAUCUAUGACAUCCUCUCCAUCGAAUUCUUCGCCGUCGACUUUGCCACCGUCCACCCCGUCGAAUUCUUCGCCUUCAACUUUGCCACCUCCACCUCCAUCUCCACAGACGGCUGCUUAA